AUGGAUAUACUAAGAAAUAUGUAUAAAGAUGAGCGAGACAUGUUUCACAUGAAAAUAUUCAAAAUGUCCCAAAAUCUUGAUAAAGCUCAAUCUUUCACCGUGAAAGGCAUUAUUAUCUUAAACGUUAUUCUUAGCAUUAGUUUCAUGAAUAUAAUUUGCAAAUGUGGCGCUGGAGGACAAGCACAUUCAGUAGCCAUUGGACUCCUUGAGACACUGUCAAACUACGGGUGGGAUGCCAAGGCGGUCAUUACGUUUGCUGCUUUUUCUGUCAGCUACGGUGAAUUUGGGUUGGUUGAGAACCUUCGCGUGAUGAAUCCGCUUGCCAGGGAUAUUGCAGCUCUGAAGGAUAUACCAGAAACAAUGGAGCAGAAAGAAGAAAUGAAAAAGAAGUUUCAAGCUAUUGUCAAUCUUUUACGCGCUGUACUGAACGUGACUCACAUCAUUAUAAAGUUCAAGGAGCUCCCCACUCAAUAUGUGAACAGGGAUUCACCAGAAAUGAAAACUGCAACAGUUCACAUUCCGACGGCUAUUUAUUGGAUCAUAAGGGGCAUUUUGGCUUGUGCUUCAGUACUUCUGAACCUUAUUGGCAGUGGUCAUGAGUUCAUUACCUCAACUGCUGAGUCCUGGGAGUUAUUAAGUCUAGCUAGUAAGCUCUCCCACAUGUCUGAGCACCUGCAAGAUCAACUGAACAAAUUGAAUGAUUUUAUUGAUAGACAGUACCAAAAAAGGGAAUUUGAUGACAUGGUUAGUGCCUUCAAGGCAUCUCAUAUCGACAACAUGAAGAUAUUGAAGAUGAUUAUUCGUGCCGGAGAAAAUCAAAUGCCGAUCUUUGAUGGGACUAGAUGGAUAAAUGUUGUCUCCUAA